CUCUUGAGUGUAUUUGUAGUAUGUGCCCCACCUAACUUCCUUCAGCUGUUCUCCCUGCUGCAGAGUACUUCCCUUUCCUCUGUGACUUUUCCUCUCCCCUUUCUGUUUCCACAGCAGUCAGGACUUUAUGAGUAUAAAGUCUUCGGUGGUCUUGCUGACUGUCCCCCCAAACUCUGUGUGGAUGUCUAUAUGGACUUAGAUUUCAGAAAACAAUGGGAUCAGUAUGUUAAAGAACUGUAUGAGGAAACAUAUGAUGGUGAAAAAGUAAUCUACUGGGAAGUGAAGUACCCUUUUCCUCUCUCAAACAGAGAUUACGUCUAUGUCCGGGAGUGCCGGGAGAUGGACGUUGAUGGGCGGAAGAUCUGGGUGGUGUUAGCUCAGAGUGUGUCUGUGCCUCAGUGCCCUGAAAGGCCUGGUAUUAUCAGAGUUAAAAGCUAUAAGCAAAGUCUGGCAAUCGAAAGUGAUGGCAACACUGGAUCUAGAGUCUAUAUGUAUUAUUUUGAUAAUCCUGGUGGGAUGAUUCCAUCCUGGCUUGUCAACUGGGCUGCCAAGAGUGGUGUGCCUGCUUUCUUGAAGGAUAUGCAGAAAGCUUGCUGUAGUUACUCUAAGAGCACAUAGGUUGAAGUUGUUCUUAAUUGUUUAAUUCCUAGAACUCUGCACUUACAGAAGUGGCCAUUAUAUAUCACACUGGAUAACAUCUACCUCUAA